CCCCGCCCGCCUGCUCGGCUCUUCCGGGGCUAGACGUACUUCAGACAUCAAAACAACUCCAGUCUGAUUGAGAAAGGAACACUUGAUACCUUCUGCAUCGUAUUUGCGUUGGAUGAUAAACUUGAGGGAUUUAAGCAAACAUGUCUGAUAAAGAUCUGCUGCAGCCCAGUCUCACUAAAGAGAGGAGUAGACACAAGAAGAAGAGGCUGGUGCAGAGUCCCAACUCCUACUUUAUGGAUGUUAAAUGCACAGGCUGUUACAGGAUCACCACCAUCUUCAGCCAUUCCCAGACGGUGGUGCCUUGUGGUGGCUGCUCUUUAAUCCUCUGCCAACCAGCAGGGGGGAAAUGCAGACUAACUGAAGGCUGUGCCUUCAGGAAGAAAUAUUCCUGAACAGAAAUGUUCUAAACACCCGACUAGCAGCAGAUUGGAAGAACGUACCAUGAAACAAUGAGUCUGAUCGUCGCACUCCGCACUUUUAAUGUGGAGUGAAAUGCAGAGCGUUGGAGGAGCAACUUAAAUCAUAUGCAUGCACAUUCCCACAUGUUCAGAAUGAACUGUAUGUAUACCAGGUUGAUAUGAGGAUUCAUCUUGAAUAAAACAUAUUACAAUUCUUCAAAAUGCA